GGCUCUCUGAACACCUACAGGUUCUGUGACAACGUGUGGACGUUCGUUCUGAACGACGUGGAGUUCAGGGAGGUGACGGACAUGGUGAAGGUGGACAAAGUGAAGAUCGUGGCCUGUGAUGGGAAGAACUCGGGCUCCAACGCUGCAGAGUGAUCUUCAUCUCUCCACGUCUUCAUCAAUGGGCUUGAGUUCCACACAUCUGGACUGUACAUAUUAUUUAUCACAGUUACGAGUGUUUGUGUUUGUGUGUGUUUGUGUGUCUGUGUGUGAGAGAGAGAUCUUAUUUUUUAAUAUGAG